AUGGCAACUGCGGCGACACAGAGUGUCUCGGAGGAGCAUCUCCCCAAGGAGCCUCUUUCGGUGGAGUCCGUUCAAUCAGCGACCCCCGUUAUCGUGGAUGAAAAGUCUGCCGACAUCGAGACCACCGAGACCUCAGACACAACUGCCCAGGACUCGGCCCAGCCUGAGGUGCCCUUGACCGCUGCACAGAAGAAGAAGGCCAAGAAAAACAAGAAGAAGCAGCAAAAGAAGCAGGAGAGCAUGGAUGCCACUGCCGCCAGCACUUCUGCUGAGACUGCUGAAACAACCGAAGCCAAGGAAGACGCCGUUGACGGGGAAGCAGCCCCGGCUACAGAUGAUGACACCGAGAUCAAGCCGGCGGUUGAUGAAGUCAAUUCCUCCGAGCCCACAGAAACACCAGCGACCAAGGAUGAGGCUCAAGCGACAACCGAUGAGAAGGAGGACGUUUUCGCACCUACCGCAACAUCCACUGAGGGGGACCUCUCUCAUCAGACAAACGGCGACGAGCCGGCGGAAGUGCAGGUGACUCCCGAGGCUCCCAUUGAGAUUCCCACUGAAGACGACGUCGCCGCAGACCCAACAAAGGACACUUCCGAUCCAGAGCCUGCCACCGAGUCGAUUGUCAUCGAUUCCAAAGAAGCCCCCGCUGAGCCUUCCGAAAGCCCCGAGCCUGUUCAGAACCAGACGGAGGAAGCCGUUGCCGCUGAAUCAAUCACAAAGAAUGUCGACGAGGAGUCUUUUGCCACCGAGCCUGCCACAAUGGAGGGGUCUGCAUCUGACGCGGCCACCCUUGAGCCUGCUCAGGAGGAGAAAGUGGAGGAGCCAAAGGCUGAAGAGUCAAUGGCUCCUGAUGUUAGCGCCGAGGAGCCGUCCUCUGCUGAGCAACAUACGACUGAAACCCGCCUCGAGGCUGUCGAAGAAGCAUUGAAAACUUCCAUCGGUGAAGAGAAGGUGGAGGAGCCCUCAGGCACCGAGCCGGGUGUUGAGCAACCUGCGGUCGCCGAGGAGACCCAAAAUCAACACCAGGCCAAGGAGCCAGUCACUGUCACUUCGGCUAUCGAGGUUGCUGUCCCUCAAGAAAGUUCUACUGAGGAGCCGGUGAGCGAGACCGCUGUUGAAGCUUCCACUCCAGCAUCGUUUGAUGACGCCGAGAAGACCAAAGAAGAGGUUCCCGCGGAACCUGUGACGAAAUCGAUUCCUGAAGCGGCAGGCGAGAAGGUCACCGAAGCCGAACCCAUUUCCUAUGCUGCCGUUGUGGCUGAGGAGACCCCGGCUCAAGAGACAGAAUCCUCUAUUGCCGAGCCUGUUGCCGAGCCCGCUGUUGAGACUGUCGCUGAGGAGAAGGCUGCCGAGACUGUUGUUGAGCCCGCUGUUGAGACUGUCGCUGAGCCUGUUGCCGAGCCCGUCGAGGAGAAGACUGCCGAGACUGUCGCUGAGCCCGCCGCUGAGGCUGUUGCUGAGCCUGCCGCUGAGGAGAAGGCCGCUGAGCCCGCCGCUGAGACUGUCGCUGAGGAGAAGGCUGCCGAGACUGUUGCUGAGCCCGUCGAGGCUAAGGCCGCUGAGUCUGUUGCUGAGGCUGUCGCUGAGCCGGUCGAGGAGAAGACUGCCGAGACUGUUGCUGAGCCCGUCGAGGAGAAGGCUGCCGAGACUGUUGCUGAGCCUGUCGAGGAGAAGGCUGCCGAGACUGUUGCUGAGCCCGCCGCUGAGCCCAUUGCUGAGCCCGUUGCUGAGCCCGUUGCUGAGCCCGUUGCUGAGCCCGUUGCUGAGCCCGUUGCUGAGCCCGUUGCUGAGCCCGUCGAGGUUAAGGCUGCCGAGACUGUUGCUGAGCCUGUCGCUGAGGAGAAGGCUGCUGAGCCUGUUGCCGAGCCCGUCGAGGAGAAGGCUGCCGAGACUGUCGCUGAGCCUGUCGAGGCUAAGGCCGCUGAGUCUGUUGCUGAGGCUGUCGCUGAGCCGGUCGAGGAGAAGACUGCCGAGACUGUCGCUGAGCCUGUCGCUGAGGAGAAGGCUGCUGAGCCCGUUGCUGAGCCCGUUGCUGAGCCCGUCGAGGUUAAGGCUGCCGAGACUGUUGCUGAGCCUGUCGAGGAGAAGACUGCCGAGACUGUUGCUGAGCCUGUCGCUGAGGAGAAGGCUGCUGAGCCUGUUGCUAAGACUGUCGCUGAGGAGAAGGCUGCCGAGACUGUCGCUGAGCCUGUCGAGGAGAAGACUGCCGAGACUGUUGCUGAGCCCGUCGAGGAGAAGGCUGCCGAGACUGUUGCUGAGCCCGCCGAGGAGAAGGCCGCUGAGCCCGUUGCUAAGACUGUCGCUGAGGAGAAGGCUGCCGAGACUGUCGCUGAGCCUGUCGCUGAGGAGAAGGCUGCUGAGACCGUUGCUAAGACUGUCGCUGAGGAGAAGGCUGCCGAGACUGUCGCUGAGCCUGUCGAGGAGAAGACUGCCGAGACUGUUGCUGAGCCCGUCGAGGAGAAGGCUGCCGAGACUGUUGCUGAGCCCGCCGAGGAGAAGGCCGCUGAGCCCGCCGCUAAGGCUGUCGCUGAGCCGGUCGAGGAGAAGACUGCCGAGACUGUCGCUGAGCCUGUCGCUGAGGAGAAGGCUGCUGAGACCGUUGCUGAGCCCGCCGAGGAGAAGGCCGCUAAGCCCGCCGCUAAGGCUGUCGCUGAGCCGGUCGAGGAGAAGACUGCCGAGACUGUCGCUGAGCCCGCCGCUGAGCCCAUUGCUGAGCCCGUUGCUGAGCCCGUUGCUGAGCCCGUUGCUGAGCCCGUUGCUGAGCCCGUCGAGGUUAAGGCUGCCGAGACUGUUGCUGAGCCUGUCGCUGAGGAGAAGGCUGCUGAGCCUGUUGCUGAGCCCGCCGAGGAGAAGGCCGCUGAGCCCGUUGCUAAGACUGUCGCUGAGGAGAAGGCUGCCGAGACUGUCGCUGAGCCUGUCGAGGAGAAGACUGCCGAGACUGUUGCUGAGCCCGUCGAGGAGAAGGCUGCCGAGACUGUUGCUGAGCCUGUCGAGGAGAAGGCUGCCGAGACUGUUGCUGAGCCCGCCGAGGAGAAGGCCGCUGAGCCCGCCGCUGAGCUUGUUGCCGAGCCCGUCGAGGAGAAGGCUGCCGAGACUGUUGCUGAGCCUGUCGAGGAGAAGGCUGCCGAGACUGUUGCUGAGCCCGCCGAGGAGAAGGCCGCUGAGCCCGCCGCUGAGCUUGUUGCCGAGCCCGUCGAGGAGAAGGCUGCCGAGACUGUUGCUGAGCCCGCCGCUGAGGCUGUUGCUGAGCCUGCCGCUGAGGAGAAGGCCGCUGAGCCCGCCGCUGAGCCUGUCGCUGAAGAGAAGGCUACUGAGCCCGUUGCCGAGCCCGCCGCUGAGCCAGAGCAGUCUAUCGAAGCUGUCGCCCAGCCUGUCGAAGAAAACACUGCCGAGACUGUUGCUGAGCCAGAACAGUCUAUCGAAGCUAUCGCCGAGCCUGUCGAGGAGAAGGCUGCUGAGACUCUUCCCGAGCCUGUCGCCGAGAAGGCUGUCGAGCCUGUCGAAGAGGAGUCUGUCGAGGAGAAGACUGCCGAGACUGUCGCUGAGCCCGCCGAGGAGAAGGCCGCUGAGCCCGCCGAGGAGAAGGCCGCUGAGCCCGCCGCUGAGCCUGUUGCCGAGCCCGUCGCCGAGCUUGUCGCCGAGGAGAAGGCGGCUGAGCCAGAGCAAUCUAUUGAGGCUGUUGCUGAGCCCGUCGAGGAGAAGGCUGCUGAGCCUAUUCCCGAGCCCGCCGCUGAGACUGUCGCUGAGGAGAAGACUGCUAUUUCUGCCCCUGAGCUAGAGCGAUCUGUCGAGUCUGUUGCUGAGCCCGUUGCCGGCACUGUUGCUGAGGCCGCCGCUGAUGUGCAGACUGCCGAGUUUUCUGGUGAGGGUGUUGAGGCGAAUGCCGCAGAGCCUGCCGAUGAUGCCCACUCAGACGAGCAAGAAGCUGAGCAUGACCCUGUGACUGCUAGUGACGGCUCUGGAAAAUCUCUAGGUGACGGCAUCCUUCAGCCUGAAAUAAUUGGUGCUGGAGCUGCUGCCGCGGCCGUGGCUGCCGCUGCUGCUGGUGUCUCAUCCGCACUGCACAGCAAGCCAGAGACCAAGCCCGAGACUAUCACUGCUGCCGAUUCGUCUUCUGCCCAGAUGCUCGACAAGAGCCACCUGGACGGGGCUCCUGCCGUGCACCAACAAUCCGAGUCCUCCCCCGCCGUUGAUCGUGAAGCCCCGACGCAGAAACUUGAUCAGUCACCUCCGAAUAAUUCAGCCACUGUUGCCACCAAGCCAAACACCACAAUCGAAGCGCCUGAAAAUGCUGAGCCUGCUCCCGAAUCCAGCUCGAACGCUCGUGAUCAACUCAACCCCGACAGUACCGGCAAUGCCAAUGAGGAAGAAGCUCGCCCUACGAGCCAAAAUCGGUCAGUGGCAGCUGUUUCUCUAAAUAGUCCGUCGGACAAUUGGCUUAAGGCGUUCCUACGAACCGUCUUCGUGGGUUUCUUUGGCACCAUCUUCUCCCCUUUCCGCCGUCGCAGCGGCAAGGCUGGUCAAUAG